GUUAUCAUAAAAAUCAUAUCAUGUUCGAAUCUUCAGAAUCUUGUGUUAACAUUUAAUGAUUUAUAAUUUUUAUUUUAAUAACUAAUAGGUAACGCAAUAUAACUAGGUUUAGUGUCUGCGUUUAUUACUUAUAAGUUAUAUUCCAACGUUUUAUAGUAUUUCAUUUUUUUUUUUACAUACAUAGUUAAGAUCAUGUAUUCUUCAAUCGUUUUUCGUACUUGUCGUAUUUCACAGUUCAGGAGUUGUUUGAACAAAGUAAAUAUUCAACAUCCUUCAGCCACAGCAAUCUGCCUCAAACAUUCAUCCACCGAGUCUAAGAUAAACAGUAUCAACGUUCAGACUAAUGACGCAGAGUGGAAAAACAUCUACAUUGGAACGUUGGGUCCACGAAUCCGUAACUUGAAAAUUGUAUCAUUUAUGACCAGUGCUGUAGGUUUGUGUAUUCAGCCAAUGGUAAUACAAAAAGCUGCAGAAGUGGGAAGUAGUUUAGCAGCCACCAUUGGCGUAUGCACAAUUGCUGGAUUUUUUACAUUUAUUACACCAAUACUCAUUCAUUUGGUAACAAGAAAAUAUGUGACGUCAAUUGAAUAUAACGAAAAAAAUGAUGAGUACAAUGCCACAACUAUUUCAUUGUUUUUAAAACCUAGGAAGAUUCAGUUUAAACCAUUUGAAGUAAGAUUGCCUUUGACACAAAAAUUGACAGUCACAUUUUAUGCGAAAGAAUUCCCUCUAUUUGUGGAUCCACAAGCAUUUGAUGAUGUAAUGCAUUAUCAGCGUAUAUUAGGUUAUGAUAAGCCUUUCACAUUUGAGAAAGAAGAUGAUAAUGUGAAUAGAAAACCUGUAGUUAAGGCUGCUAAUAAGAGUUAAGAUUAAAUUUUACUUUUUAGUUGUUUAUUAUAAUUAUAUUGAAACUGUUUUGUAAAUACAUGCAAUUUUAAAUAUUUAAAGUAUAAUGUAUACAAUUUAUAUUUACUUAUUUAAGACUUUUAGUGGUAAUUUUACUAAUUACUUACAAUUUUUAAAAAUUAAAUGCAAUUCCUUAGAACCCUGAAGUACAAAAUAAAAUGUAUUGUUAGCGCUAUUUGACCUUCGAGAGACCACCAUUGCAGGUUGUAGGUGG